AUGUCCAAUCUCUCGCGGUAUUUCGAGAGGUCCGCAAUGAUAAUGCGGGACAGUCUCUCCAAAAUCAUUCUCAUGCGAGGCGCUGAGGGUCCUUCGACUGCGCCCAAAACACUCUUUACAUUCAACACGCAGCAAGACAUAGACCAAAUUGCCACAGGCUGUGAUGCGGAUAUUGGCGGCAACUCGUCGGUCAACAUUGACCUCGACACCAGCGAACAUAACGCGAGUAUUGGACGGGAGGCCACAGGCAGGUUCUGGGGGACUAUGAGACUGGAUGUCAAGCCUGGAUAUGAGGGGAAGAUAAGAGGCGGCUAUGCUGGAUUCCGGAAUAAGAAACGACCGUCGUUGUUCGGAGACCUCACAGACGACGUUUCGCACCAUGAAUACCUCGCUCUGCGUCUUCGACUGGGAGGUGACCCUCAGACACGGAAUUCGUACUAUGUGAAUAUACAGACGGCUGGCCCCAUCUCGACGGAUUUGUGGCAACACCGUUUGUUCUUCAGACGGAAGGAUGGCGGUUGGGAGGACCUCUUCAUUCCGUUCACCAACUUUGUGCGUACCAAUGCAGGAGAAGUAGCCGAUGGCCGUAUCUCGAUGUACCGCGAGCGAGUGAAGAGCAUCGGUAUCUCAAUCCUCGGAGGAAACAGUAACGUCACUGGGCGCUAUGAACUCGGGAUUGACUCCAUUCGGGCAGUGAAUGAGGAGGACGUGACAUCAGAGCCUUUGCAAGCUGAGAAGUUGGAGGAGAAAGAGCAGGAAUGA